AAUGCUCUUCUGCUUCUUCAUGAACAAAUGUCUUGAGGCGCAAUUGCAGAACAAUGUUCCUAGAAAGAGUCGUCGCUAGGUUAAUUUUGAUUAGGAAGUAGAACGUGCCUAGUGUUUCGAGCACAUCUUUGAAGUCGUUUUGAUCAACCUGACAAUAGACAUGCUUCACCAGUUGGUAAGUAUAUCACAAAAUUAAAUUUUAGAAGUAAAUUGAAAGUAUAAGUUCGAGAAUAGGUUAGAGGGCAGAUCUUGUAUAUUCUAAAUAUUUUUUUAGAAUUUUUAGAGAACGUGUUAAAAAGGCAUUGUGUCGGUAUGCCAGUUCCAUCACAGAAUCGAAGUUCAAAGUAUCUUCCCUUUCUUAUGUCUUGUGUGGGUUGACAAGUUUUAAAGGUUCUUUUUAAUUGCUUGAGAAAUAAUUGUUUUUGGAUAAAUAAUAGCAUACUAAAAGCUCUUAUCCUAACUUAAACUGGUAUCCCUAUACCCCCCCCCCCUAAUUUUUAGAUCAUAUCACAGUGAGAUGAGAUUAUACACUUCCUUAAUUUGUUCCCAAAGGAUUUUCAAUAUAUCUGUUUUCAGGGAUUCCAACGAAUAUAUACCAAACUAUAAUUUCAUUCCUUUCCAUCUCUCCCUCUCCUUCCCAAUCCCCUUAUCUUCUUCUCUAUUUGUGUUUUAUGGUUUGUGAAUUCUGAAAGGUUUCUUCAGAAUUGCCUAUGCGUUUUGGUUAUGUAUGCAUUGAGGUUGCGAGGAGUUAUUCAGGAUUAUUUUUGUGUCAACGGAAGUAUACUCUUGAUAUUAUUUCGGAAGCAGGUUUUGCGGCUUUACCAUUGAACAAAAUCAUCGUCUUGGCCUAGCUGAUGGGUCGUUAAUGAAGGAGCCUGAGGCUUACCGCCGGCUUGUAGGCCGCCUGGUCUAUUUAGUUGUGACUCUUCCGGACCUUGCUUAUUCGGUCUAUAUCUUAUCACAAUUCAUGCAGGAGCCUCGAGUUGACCAUUGGGAUGCAACAUUGAGAGUUGUUCGGUACUUGAAGGGUACACCAGGACAGGGUAUCCUAUUACGUGCUGACAGUAAUUUAACUUUGCAAGGAUGGUGCGACUCAGAUUGGGCAGUGUGUCCCAUCACUCGUCGUUCUUUAACAGAGGCAGAAUAUCGCUCCAUGGCCGCGAUUACAUGUGAAUUAAAAUGGUUAAAGGGAUUGUUGUUGAGUUUAGGAGUUCAUCAUCCUAAAGUUAUUCCAUUAUUUUGUGACAGUUAGUCCGCUUUGCACAUGGCUAAGAAUCCGAUUUUUCAUGAGCGCACAAAGCACAUUGAGGUUGAUUGUCAUUUUGUUCGUGAUUCUAUAGUAGAUGGUGUAAUUGAACCAUCUUAUGUAUCCACUUCCUCACAGCUCGCUGACAUGUUUACUAAAGCUCUUGGGAAGCAACAAUUUGAUUUUCUUUUUUCCAAGUUGGGCAUUUUUAAUCCCCACACAUGCUCCAACU